UAGUUUCGUCUUCUGCAUUUUUGUUUGUUUUUGUUUUCAUUAAAUCCGAAAAAAUAGAAAUUAUUUUCAGCGGUAGAUUGUGAUGUGUUGUAUUUUUUAAAGCUUUAAGUUGUCACUACAACGUGUAAAGCUAUAUAGAUUUCACUCCGAAGAUGCGAUGUCCGCACAACUAUCUCCGCCAUUUAAUAGAUAUAAACAUAAUGUUAAUAUCUGCGAAUUGGACGAGGAUUCGUUGAUUUGUGUUUUUCAAUAUCUUUCCCUAGAGGAUCUGGGUCGGCUAAUAUGUGUUUGCAAACGCUUUUACCGAGUUAUUAACAUUCAUGUGUAUUCCAAACGAAGUGCAUAUCUAUUGCGCACGGGGCAUCAAAGGUAUAGAUUUAGUCAUGUUCCUGGUCGGGAUCUUCACUCCGAUUUUAGUUAUCGGAAGCGUAUAAGGCUAUUUGAAAACUGGCGAUAUGGACGGUACAAUGAGAAGCAGUUCUUUUACCAUCAAAUGCUUUACUUCUCACAGAUUUUGCUUGAACGACGUUGGUUGUACAUGACGCAUAGGGGCCAAUUGCGAGCCCAUGAACGUUUAGUCAAUAAUGAAAGAGUAUUGAACGGUAAAGCUAGCUGGAUAUUGGGAAAAUCCAGGGAUUAUGAUAUCAAUUGGAUGGAAAAAAACGGUGACCUUUUUUUCGCUGGUCGAACCGAUGGCUCUUGCUUUGUUUAUAAUUGCGAUAGCGGAUUUUACAGAAAACAGCAGCUUACAGAAGAACCAAUCACAUCAGUGGAUUUUGAUGCCAAAUUGUUCGUAUGCACGACGAAGUCAAAAUCUACCUCUUUCUGGACUGGAUUCAAUGAUAUAAAUGAUGUCAUGUUAGAAAAAAAACAACAACUGAACGAAGGAUACCAAACUAUCAAAUUAAGUCCGAGCGGUGCCAAUCAACUUGCUGCAGGGAAAUAUAGUGACCGUGAGAAGAAAGCAUUGAAACUAAUCGAUGUGGAAAGGAGUUUAACAUCAACAUUAAACUCUCCAACUCGCGCCGUAUACCAAGUCAUGUGGAAAGAUUCAAAUACUAUAUUGACAGGAAAUUUUGACACUACUUUUCGAGUAAUAGAUACCAGAACUGCACAGGAUGAAUCAGUUUGGACAGACCCCUAUGAUGCGUCGGUAUAUUGUUUUGAUUAUGACGGAGCCUAUUCGGUUCUCUGCGGAAUGAAGUAUAACUUCCGGGUAAAUUUAUACGAUCUUCGAAUACCGAAACGCUGCAUUCAGAUGUACUUUUCCUCUAAAAAGCAUUCACAUUAUUCGCCGGUAUAUAGUAUUGCGGCGGAUUGUAGUCAAUUAUUUCUUGUAACAGAUCAUGACUUGCGGGUGCUUAAUUUUGAUGCAAAUAACAAAGAAAAGAAAGAUUAUACUUACGAUCUAGUUAAUUGUCUUUAUUGA